AUGCCAGCAGCGAUGGAGAUUGCAGCUGACUUUGCCCGUCGUGGCCUGCACCUUGUCGGCUCCCUGGGAUGCGGCGCUUUUGGGGAUACGUACCUUGUUCGGGAUGCAAGCAGCGUCUGCUUUGUUGUGAAGCGCUCAAGGUUUCUGGUGAAGCGAUCGGGCUUUCUCGAGGAAUAUCUCGGAAUGAUGGGACUGUGCAGUCUCAAUGUCGUAACACCUCACGAUGCAUGGAUCGACCACGAAAGUCGUGUCUGUAUUCUCAUGGACUACUGCGACGCUGGGGAUCUUGGCGACUACCUGAAAAAAGCCUACCCCUUGCCGGAGGAAGAGGUGCUUAGUAUUGUGGCUCAGCUCCUUCUUGGGCUUGAUCACAUACACAAGAAAAACAGAGUGCACCGUGACAUUAAACCGGAGAACAUUUUUCUCCUAUCGGCGAAGGCAGGUGGAGGUAGGUGGCCUGUAGCAAAGAUCGGCGAUUUUGGCUCAGCGAAGCGCCUCUCGUACUGUGGUGCGCGAGCCGUUUCGCGUGUCGGUACCCCCCUUUACAUGGCGCCAGAGAUUAUUGCGGGCUACGCCUACACAUCAAAGGCAGACGUUUGGAGCAUGGGGCUCGUUGUGUAUCGCUUGAUGGUAGACAAUUUGCCGUUUCGGGCCACUAGUCUAGAAGCUCAUACAAGGCGUGUCCUGAGCCUUUCCCCUCCUCACCCUAGCGCCCUGAGUGGGUACAGCAGAGAGCUUGGGGACUGUGUGAUGGCGAUGCUGAGCAGAAAUUGGAAGCGGCGGCCUAGCACGCAGGCUCUACUGCGUUGCGGUGUGUUUCAACAGACGUUGGCGCGGCAUCUCUGGAUACGCGCGCCAUCACAAGCAUCUCCGUGCCUGUUCGUGCGACUGCGGGUAUCACUGCUCAAGGUCUAUGCGGCACCGAGUGAACGUGCCCAAAUUCUACGCACCCUCGAAUUUGGCGACCAAGUCUACCUUUCUUUAAGGAAUAAUUUGCUCCAAGGAGUGUGGCUGGAGGUGUUGCACCCGUUUGCAGGGUUUAUCAGUGAUGCGGGUAAUGCUGAGUCUCUUCUCGACUUUUAUGCUUCUGAUGAGUGCACCGUUAGCGUCGGUAGCCUAUCGAGGGUACUGGAUCCUUCGACGAAGCAUGCGUGA